CCCGCGUGCUGCCGGAGUUCGAGCACAACUUUACUAACGCGCGUGCUUGGCGCCUCGGGCGUGUUUCCGGUCAGCUCGGUCCUCUCUCUCUCUCUCUCACACACACACGCGCGCGCGUACGUUUUAAUCUUAUGUCAGUUUUUUUUCUGUUUGACUCGAAUCAGUGUGAUUCUUGACACACUUCUCACCCUACCUCUGUCACCUCACAAAGCCUCAAGCCCCUCUUCAUCUCUCAGUCACACACACACACCGAGAGCUAGCGUGGUAGCCGGUACUGCUGACGUUUCCUCCUGUAAAUUCCAGUUCCAGCUGAAAUGUCUGAAGAGUUAGAGCGCAUCCUGUCCCAGCUGACUCUCCCUGAUAAUGCGGCUAUUCAGCAGGCCACUGCUGAGCUGAAACAGGCUUUCAAAGACCCGGCUAUAAUCCCAGCACUAUGCACAGUCAUGACUGGAUCCACAAAUCCACAGAUCCGGCAGUCAGCUGUGGUGAUGUUGAGAAUGCGAGUCAAAAAGCAUUGGAAGAAAAUUAUUCCUGAUCAUAGAGAGAGUCUAAAGGCUGUGGUCCUGCAAGCUUUCAGACAAGAAACAGAGCACACAGUUCGCUACUCUCUCGCUCAGCUCAGUGCUGUGAUGGUGAAACACGAAACACCCGACCGCUGGCCCGCUCUGUUCACACUACUGACUGAAUCCACCAACAGCAACAACCCUCAGGACAGACAGGUCGGUCUGUUGUUGCUGAGCAAAGUUGUGGAAUCAAACCCUGAGCCCUUCAAGCCUCACUACAAGCAGCUGCUGCAACUGUUUGGCGUUGUGCUCCAGGAUGUGACCAACACUACCGCCUUGUACUAUUGCAUCCUCACCCUGACUGCCAUCACAGCUUACACUGGCACAGAGGAGAUGAAUCUGAUGCGCUCGUUAAUCCCCCAACUGUUAACUGCUCUAAAACACCUCAUUCAGGCUGACCAGGACCAGGCCAGUCAGGCGAUGGAGGUGUUUGAUGAGUUGUUGGAGAGCGAGGUCUCGAUCGUGGUUCCACACAUCGCUGAAAUUGUUCGCUUUUGUUUGGAGGUGAGCGCUGAUGUUUCCCUUAGCAAUUCUCUCCGUGUCAAGGCCCUGUCCUGUAUUGCCCUCCUCGUUAGACUCAAGAACAAGGCUGUAAUAAAGCAGAAGCUUCUGGCACCGAUCCUGCAAGUCGUGUUUCCUAUUUUGAGCGCCACACCUGCACCUGGAGAGGAGGACCCUGAGGAUGAGGAGAGCGAUGACGGAGAUGAGGACAGUGAGAGACCCAAACACUUUGCUGCUCAGGUGAUCGACACGAUGGCUCUUCAUAUGCCGCCUGAAAAACUUUUCAGCCAUGUGAUGCCCCUGACUCAGGCCUGCCUGUCCAGUGAGAAUGCUUAUCAGAGAAAAGGGGGGAUCAUGUGCCUCGCCGUGCUGGCAGAGGGUUGUGCAGACCACAUUCGUACCAAGAUGCUGUCGUCUAUGCUGGAGACAGUGUGUCGCAGUCUGUCUGACAGCAGCCAGGUCGUGCGCAGUGCGGCACUUUUCGCUCUGGGUCAGUUCUCUGAAUACCUGCAGCCGGAGGUCAGUAAGUAUCACGCGGAGCUGAUGCCCCUGUUACUAGGAUACCUGUCUUCUCUGAACGAGGGGAAAAUCGGACAUGUCACCAAGGCUUUCUAUGCUCUGGAGAACUUCAUAGAGAACCUGGAUGAUGAUAUUCAGUCUUACCUGCCUACUCUUAUGGAGACCAUGCUAUCCGCCCUGAACAACUCGGUCAACCUUAAGCUUAAGGAGCUUGCUGUCAGUGCUAUAGGAGCCAUCGCAAAUGCUGCCAAAGAGAUGUUGGUGCCCUACUUCCCUCCUGUGAUAGAAAGCUUGAAGGGUUUCCUAAUAGACACGCGUGAUGAAAUGAGACCGCUGCAGACCCAGGCCUUGGACACACUGUCCGUGUUGGCCCGCACUGUUGGUAAGGAUGUCUUCGGUCCAUUGGCUGCGGAGUGUGUGCAGCUGGGUCUGAAGCUUACUGAUGCUGUAGAUGAUCCGGAUCUGCGCCGCUGCACGUACAGCCUGUUCUCAGCCGUGUCCACAAUCAGUUCAGAAAGUAUUGACCCUCACCUUACUGCGAUCACCACGCUGAUGCUCAUGUCCCUAAAAUCUACAGAGGGUGUGACGGCUCAUGUAGAGGAGGACAAGCAGUUUGUUCUAUUGGAUGAUGAUGAUGACGACAAUGAUGAUGAAGGUGAUGCUGUAUUGGAGGAAGAUGGAGAGAAUGAGGUUGAGGAUGUUGCUGGUUUCAGUGUGGAAAAUGCUUACAUUGAUGAGAAGGAGGAUGCUUGUGAUGCCCUGGGGGAAAUCGCCUUUAACACCGGUGCUGCAUUUCAGCCCUUCUUGGAGUCGAGCUUUGAGCAGGUCUUUGGUCUCUGUGAUUUUCCACACGAGAACGUGAGAAAAGCAGCCUUUGGUGCCCUGGGCCAAUUCUGUCGAGCUCAGCAUAAAGUCUGGCAGGAAAAUCCUACUGAGGCUAAUCGUCAGGCGCUGCAUAAACUGCUGGAUGUGGUGAUUCCCUGCUUCCUCGAGGCAGUGAAGCAGGAGCGUGAGCGACAAGUAGUGAUGGGAGUUUUGGAGGCCAUGAACAGCGUUAUCAAAAUGUGCAAAGGUGAAGCUUUGCAGACGCCCCAAAGAUUAGCUGAAGUCAGUCAUGCCAUCCGAGAUGUGCUGAAGAAGAAGACUGUCUGUCAGGACGGAGGAGGUGAUGAAGGAGAUGAUGACGAACAACAGGCCGAGUACGAUGCCAUGCUGCAGGAGUUUGCUGGGGAGGGAAUUCCUGUCCUCGCUUCAGCCGUACCAGCGGACACGUUUUAUUCUCACCUCAAUGAUCUUCUGCCUCUGAUUAUGAACAAAGCUAAGUCUUCGUGCACCGUGGCAGACCGGUCCUUUUCUGUAGGCACACUCAGCGAGACGCUGCAUUCUUUGGCCGGUGUAUCCGGGGGUAGGGCCAUCGCAGAAAAGCUGUCCAAUCGGCUGCUGCCGGUGUUCGUUAGUGGUGUUAAAGACAGCGAUGCAGAGGUGCGCAAUAACAGUGUGUUCGGCCUGGGAGCUCUGGCACAGGCCGCCGGACCGCUCAUCUCCUCUCAUUACCCCAUGAUGUUGUCUGUCUUCUCCAACAUGCUGGUCAAAGAGUCAGACAGGAGAGUGAUCGAUAAUCUGUGUGCUGCACUUUGCCGGAUGAUCACGAGCCACACCGAGGGAGUACCACUAGAGCAGGUCUUUCCUGCUCUUCUGGAUUGUCUUCCUCUUAAAGAAGACCUCGAGGAGAAUAAGACUGUCUACAGUUGCCUGGCUUUCCUCUACUCCCAUAACCCAGCACUGGUUGUCAGCCAUAUGAAGCCAAUCCUGAGUGCUGCAGCACAAGUCCUAGGAACAAAGGAUAUUGAUGCAGAGACCCAGAACACACUUGUCAUGUUGCUCAGAGACAUGGGACAGCGAUACUCUCAGGAGUUCGAGAGCGCUGUGAUGUCACUUCCAGUCGAGAAAAGAACGAAUAUGACAACUUUAGUCACUCAAUCUUAGAAGAGGAACCAAAAUACAAAUAGUUUUUUUUUUUUGAGGUAUAGCUGAUAUUUAACUAACAACUAGUCACUUAUCUACACCUCAGCACUUCCCUUUACCCAUGUUUGUUUUGCAGUGUUAUGUUAUUUCUCUUUUUUUUUUUUGAUGUUGGUUUUGUAAAGUUGUGACAUUUCAUUUUAUCAACAUGUGGCUUGAUUUAAUUCGAGGUGAAUUCAAAAAUUCUUUUCAUGAAAUUCUAUAUUUUGUGAAAGUUAAUAAAAACUUCAUUUCUUGGUUAUUCAUCAUCACUACUGCAACUCAGAAAGGUUAUAUAAAGAAAAAACAAAACUAUAUUUAAGGAAGUGUUUAAAUGUACAGUAGCUAUUUUUGAGUUUCACAAAGCAUGCUCAGAAGUUAUAUCUUUAAAUAUGUCCAGUUUUUAGUGGAAUACAGUUUAAUCUUCAGUUAAACACCAAAGGCUUUUCCUUCAGUUUUCUAUACAAAGAAGAAAGUUGGUGUUUUUUUUUCUUUAGUUUUCCUUGCUGCUGUUUAAAAUUCCGUUUAAAAUGCAUUUAUCCUGAAGAAGUCGUGAUGUUAUUAUUGUCCCAUCUUUCAAUGCAGUUGUUGUAAGCGGUUACUGUAACCACCGUUUGGAGAUUGAAUGAAGGUUUGAUGCUUUAAUAAAACCACAAUGUCUGUCUUAAAGCAGUGUUGCAGUGAGCAGCAGGCUACAGACGAUUUAUAUCUAAAAA